CCGAAAUGUCCCUCGAAAAACACAAUAGAACAAAUGGAGCAAGAAAUCAUAAAUUUAUCAGAUGAUAGCGAAGAUGAAGAAAUAUGUAGUAGCAAAGAACCGAUAAUUAAACGAACACGACUUGACCAACCUUCAACGACAAAACCUUUAAGACUGCCAAAAAUCCCUCCCGACAGAGGAGCGGGUAUCGUCAGCAGAUUCUUCAAAGCAACCGAAGAUGAUUUCGAACCUAGUCAGCGUGAGCCGGUGCAAAAGGCGAAAACAAAAGUCCAGCGAAAGUCUACUGCCGUUCGGAAACCGCGAGUCGCUCGGAAGCCUAAGAACCAAUCCGACAUUCGGCAGGUUUUUCAAAAAUACCAAAACAACGAAGAACAGCUGCUGAGCAAUUUGAUGCUGGAACACACUGUCGCCGAUCAGCUAGAUCCGGAGCAGUUUCAGUUGGCUGUGGCUAUGUCCCGAUCGCUGACCGACCAGGGUGGAUCUUCGCAACCGCAACCGAAUGCGGAUCUGUCCGGCGAGGAAGCAAAAGCUUCCGGCAGCUCUAGUUCGAUUUCCUCCGAGGAACGGCGAAUUCAGGGCAUCCGAGCGACGCUCGAGCAGUACGGGUUUCGAUGUAAAACUAGUUACAACGAUUAUGACUUGAAUGUGAUUUUCGGUGCUAAUUCUGGUGUGAAAAAUACCAGGAAGGGUCGAUGGAGGCGACCAACUAUGCUGGUUAGAAGGGACCGGGAGAGUUUGGUGGCUUUUAUGAAACAGAAAUCCGAGGAAUUACUGAAGGAAGAAUUGAAUCAACCGCUGGCCGCUGUUGAUGAUUUGGACUGCAGUCUGAGAACUUACGGUAGCGACGUCUUCUGGAUGAGUCAAAAUCCAGAAGAGUGUGAGAAGGGUCUAGAGAACUACUAUGUGGAGAGUUUAGUGCAAGUUAGUUCUGUAAAAGCAUGUUAUUUACUGAAGAACUGGGCCCUUGUGCCAGGGCGGGAACCAUCACCGAACCGACACGUUCAAGUUGAAGAAAGUACGGAAAUUGAUAUUCAACCUGUUGAGUUUGAAGGGUAUGAUUUGAUUGAAGAUCCAGAGGAUUCACGACUCGAUAUGAACACAGUUUCAGAAGAAUAUCGCCAACAGUAUAACAACGAAGUUCCUGUUCAUGUGAGAACUUCAAAAAGUCCCCGGCGGAGCGUUUCACCGGACCUCUUUGCUUCGGAUAGCGCCGGUGAAGAACAAGAAACGAAUGCUGAAGUCCGGCCGCAAAGCAAUACUUCAAAAGAGCUGGUUGUUCCGGAAAAUGUGACUGAAAUUGAAGAGCAAGUGAGUGAUGAACAGUUUGUGACGGCCAUUGAACCGGAAGAUAGUGGUGAAGCGGAUGAAGUAGUGCUGUGCACCAGUUCGGAGAACAUAUUCGAUGAUUCGGAUCCGAUUGUAGACUACGAAGUUUACACCAGUGAUGAAGCGAAGAUAACCACUGCUGGACCAAUCAACAGCUGUUCCAGUAGACCAAGUCCACCAGCCUUAGAAGCAAAUCCGGGCUCACCCACGGAAGUCUGCAAAGCAGUUCCUGACGCAGUCACGGUGAUUACUUUAAGUUCGAGUGAAAACAGCAAUCAGAAUAUGGACCAACCAGGCGAUAGGGAUAACAACAGAAACGUUACCGCGGCUGAUGCAGUGUUUCCUUCCCCUAAUAAAGAUCUCUCGUUUCACGCACUAGCAAUCAAAGAUAAGCUUAGUCGCAUUUCGUUUAACGAUGUAGAAACAAUUGAUCUUGAAGAUGAUGCCGAAGGCACUGCAGAAACCGUUGCGAAGACUAAUCUGUCGUCGGAAGCAAGCAGUGCGUCGCUGUGUUCCAACCAAGAUGAUCCGGACGAUGUGCUGGUCAUAUCAGACGACGAAGUGAACUACUCUAUUCGUCACGAUUAUUCAGCAAUUUGCAAUGAUUCAAACCAACAGGACAAAUUAGAGGAAGACAAUCCAACGACCUCCAACCAACAAGUGGAUCCCUCAAAAAAUGAAGACUUAAAUAGCACUAAAGUGUAUUUUAACACAGACGAACUUUCUAAGCAUGUAUCACAACCGGAACUUAACGUCGAAGCUUCCUGUUUAAUAUCUUCAGAUGAAGAAAUUGUAGAUACAGUAAAAUCAAAACCAGCCAAGGCGGACAAUACGAUCGCAUUUCUAGACAAUUUAAUCGAUAAAUACAAUUUACCAACUAAUCAGACUGAAAACUGUGAUAAAUCGCAUGAAACUGGGUUGUACAGCUAUCUGGAACAUUACGAGAUACCCGAUUUUGCCAGUGAUGACCAAUCGAAUGAAGCCGCACAAUUGGAACCAACUGCGCAAAAGUCACCAAACGCCAAGCAGACUGAAAAUCUAGACGAAGAGAUUGAACAAAUUUUGAGUCAAGCGAAGCAAACCUGUACUCAACUGGCAGGACGUCGAAGCACCGAAGAACAGAAUCGAGGAAACCCUCUCAAACGUACCAUUUCCGAUUCGGCUCUCCUAGAGCCGAGAAAAAAGAAAGCAACACCCACGAGGAAGGAUUCAUUUCAUGCUAGGUUCAAAUCACUGACGAAGGAACCGGAGCCGGGUCCGGGUGAAUUUGAAAUUCGCCUGGACAACGUCAGUCCGCGACCGGAUUACGACGGGAUGACGUCACCGGUGCUGCAUCGGGAGCUUUUCCGCUAUGGACUGAAGCUGCUGAGCCGACCGAAAGCGGUGAAAAUGUUGAACCACAUCUACGCUCAGCUGCAUCCGGUGGUGGAAAUCUACCGGGUGGAUGAGGAGGUGAUGAGUCAAAAACGUUGGGAGGAAAUUUCGGACCGACAGCAGCAGCAGGUGACCGAGGUGACCGAGCAGGACGGUUCGGAUUCGAAUGGAUUGAUGCCGUUCGUUCCGGAAAUGGAAGGAGAGGAAUACAUUUUGCCUGUCAAACCGAGGAAAAAGACUUUCUGGUGUGCAGUUCCGCUGAAUAUUGCCUUCUACAACAUGGUCGCGGCAAACCGGAAGCUUCGGCAGCAAAUCCUCUGCUAUCAACCCAUUGAUUUGGAUGCGGUUUACGGCCACCUGAAGGAGAUCGGCCUACGUUACGAAACGAAUGAUUUGAUAGCCUUCCUGGACAAACGAUGUAUAACCUUUCGGACGGCGCAGGGCAGUGGAAGCCGAACCAAACAAAAAACCAGCUGAGCAAUUGUCGUUUUUUUU